CCAUCUCUGCAGCGCUGUGGGGAGGCCAGUGUGGAGGGAGCGCUCAACCAACUGGUCCUGGAGCAUCUACAACUGGCUCCUCUGCAGUGGGAUCUGUUGGUGAACGAGAAACCAUGUGACUGUGAUGUCAUAGCUGAUUGUGAAGUGGGCAAAGCUGUGACCCUGGAGGUCAAACUGACCAACCUGAGCAAGAAGUCAGUGGGCCCGUUGGCUCUCACCGUGAUGCCCUAUCAAGACUAUCAGAACGGAGUCCAGAACUAUGACCUGGAUGAAGAAGUCACCUUCAUUGGCUCCAACACCUUCUAUAUUGAAAAGGUUCAACCCAAAGAAAGUUCUGUCUGUAAGGGAGCCUUACUUCUUCUCUACACAGGAGAUUACUUCCUUAACAUCAAGUUCCAAGAUGACCGUGGCCAACGAGAGCUUCCUUUAUCCUGGUUCACCCUUCCUACUGUGCACAUCAAAGCUCUGGAGACCCCACAGCAGUCAGGGGCCUGAUGACAGCAACACACAUGAACAUACACAAGAAACUUCUAAACUACAUGUCAGUCUGACAGAAGCUUAUUGUUUUAUUACCGUUACUCUUCAGAGUGUUUAUGCUAAUUGUUUCUGAGCAACAGCAGAUAAAAUAAUAAUAAUAAAAUUGAUAAGUUUACCUUUGACAGAAAAUCAUUCUAACUCAGGCGUGGUCAGUCCUGGUCCUGGGGGGCCGCAGUCCUGCAUGUUUUACCUGUUCCUCUGCUCCAACACACCUGAUAUG